GCUGGACUUUAACCAAUCAGACUGCACAGGAAGUCCAGCAGCCCCAGAGAAAUGCUCGCUAGCAGCUAGUUAGCACGUUGGCUGUCGUUGCAUAGCGGCAAUAGUUCACAAAUUGCGCUUUUAAUGCGGCAUUAUCCGUGAGUUCAGGAUUAUUUUUCCGAGGCGACAGUUUGUCUGUAUCAAGUCAAUGUCGGGCAGGAAGAGAACAAGAGAGAAGGAAGAGAGACGAGAGCACAAGAGACACAAGACAUCCAAACAGGAUUUGGAGAAACUCAAAACACACGCGAAGAAACUCAGCCAAGAAGUGCAAACACUGAAACACGUCGAGACAUUCUAUGAGAAACCUCCUCCAGGAUUCAUAAAGGAGCAUGAAGACAAACCGGAGGACUGUAUUCCUGCUGAACCAGGCAAUGAAGAGGCCAGGAGCUUCCUGGCACACGCUCCCACCAGGGGCCUGUGGAUGCCCCUCGGGAAGGAGGUGAAGGUGAUGCAGUGUUGGAGAUGCAAGCGCUACGGCCACAGGACAGGAGAUAGGGAGUGUCCGUUCUUCAUCAAAGGCAACCAGAAACUGGAGCAGUUCAGGGUGGCUCAUGAAGACCCGAUGUACGACGUCAUUCGGGAAAACAAAAGGAAUGAAAAAGAAACCAGGAUCCAGCAGCUGCAGCAGCUGCUUCAGGACACCACCUCCUCCGAUUCAGACAGCUCGUCCUCGUCCUCUUCCUCUUCUGACCAGCAUCGCAGCAAGAAAAGGAAAAAGAAAAAGGACAAAAAGAAGAAAGACAAGAAGAAGAGGAAAGGGAAACGGAAACACAAGUCCUCCAAAACCAGUGACUGUUCAGAUUCAGAUUGAGUGCUUGGAGCUUGCUGAUAUACAGUAUACUUGUAUACUACACGCUUUAAACAUAAAAAUAGACUGUGAAUGAAGUAGCAACAAUGGUAGAGCUCAAUAAGAACUGCACUCCAGAGAUCUUUUGUAAGUCUUUUCUCUGCAGGCCUUAAAACUGUAAAUCCACUGUGCAUGCUGUUUGAUUCUCUCCAGUGUGACAAACUGCAGUUACAUCCUCUCUGUUAGAUCGCACAGCGCAGGGUCAAAUGAAGCAGCUGCUAAAAUAAGUGUGUAUAUGCGCCUUGGUGCAAAUGCGUGUCAAAAAGCAUUAGCUGCACGGGUAAUGAACCGAAAGUGAUAUGAAAUGAUCCCACUGGUGUAAGAGAUCUUUUACUGGGUCUAAUAAGAUUGCAUGUCAGCAAAGACAGGGUGUCAUUAAGAGAUUGUACUUUCCACCAUUUUUUUUUAUUUUUCUUCCUGCCAUCUCGCCGCUUUUAAAUACUUUGAUUGUAGAGUGUUAAACGCAGAGAGGAGGGGGAAAAAAAGUCCAAAUUAAACGUUGGAGUACAGUUAGAAUUUGUCUUCCACACAAGCUUGAAUGUUUGAAUGCUUGUGACUGUACAUAAAUAUUUUGAAUUAUUUGAGGUUGGAAUAUGCUUAUUUGCUCACAAGCCACAGAGAUGGGGAAAGAAUGUAUGUGAAUGUGUUCCCUCAUUCUGAGAAUAAAGAUGGCUCUCUUUCUCCAACGUUU